UCUUUAGAUUUCCUAGUCUCAGUUCUCACAACUGCUCUGCAACUCAGAACAGCGACUGCCGAGACCACCUUGAGAAGAGGAUGAUUCUAAACAAAGCUCUAAUUGUCGGGGUCUUCGCCCUGACCACCAUGAUGAGCUCCUGUGGAGGUGAAGACAUAGAGGCGGACCACAUUGCUUCCUUUGGCAUGAGCAUGUACCAGUCUCAUGGACAAUCUGGCCAGUACACCUUAGAACUGGAUGGAGAUGAAGAGUUGUACGUGGACCAAGAGAAGCAGCAGACUAUCUGGAGGCUUCCUUUGUUUACCACAUUUACAAGUUUUGACCCACAAGGUGGACUGAGUGAACUAGCUACUGCAAAACACAACUUGGGCGUUCUGAUUAAAAGAUCCAAUUCCACUCCAGCUACCAAUAAAGUUCCAGAGGUGACUGUGUUUCCCAAGUCUCCUGUGAUGGUGGGUCAACCCAACACCCUCAUCUGUGUUGCGGACAGUAUUUUUCCCCCUGUGAUCAACAUCACGUGGUUGACCAAUGGGCAUCCAGUAACAGAAGGCGUUUCAGAGACCAGCUUCAUCUCCAAGAGUGAUCACUCCUUCCUCAAGAUUGCUUACCUCACCUUCCUCCCUUCUGAAGAUGAUAUUUAUGACUGCAAAGUGGAGCACUGGGGCCUGGACGAGCCUCUUCUGAAACACUGGGAACCUGAGAUUCCAGCCCCUGUGUCAGAGCUGACAGAGACUGUGGUCUGUGCUCUUGGAUUGAUUAUGGGCCUUGUGGGUAUUGUGGUGGGCACUGUCUUCAUCAUCAAAGGCCUGCGCUCAGGUCGUGCCUCCCAACACCUAGGGCCCUUGUGAGUCACAAGGAAAGGUACAUUUCCCAUCGCCAUGAGCAGAAAACUGAACCUGCGAGAUGGCCUGGCUCUCAUUUCUAGCCUACUUCAUUGUAUUCUGUAUGCUCUCGAAAUACCCCACAUCUCACUUCUCCAGACCCUAAGGUGCGGUGUACCCUCAGAGAUCACGUGUCCCCAAAGUUCUCCCCCUGAAAGCUCAAAUUUUUUUCUCCUAUGUUACUUGCUAUGGAUUCCCUGGGAUAACUGACCAGCUACCCAGACCCUCAGCGACUCUGAUCCAGUAUUUGCAUGGAAACAAUAAAUCUCCAUUUAUGUGGCCUUUGUUGAAUUUUUUUUUUUAUUAUUCAUCUCAAGGGUCACUGGGACUGUGGCUAAGAAUCAGUAACCUUUAUGUUUCAGGCUCAUACAAUCUCAUUCCUUGGGUCAUGUUAAUGCUCAGUAACAUCAAAGCAACCAAAUAAAGCAUGAUGAUAU